UUUGUUCUCUCCCUAGAGACCAAAUCCAAAGGAGAAGCAACCAAAGAAGAAGAGAUGGGAAAGAAGGGCAUUCACAAAUCUCUCCAAAUUUACUUCUCUAAGCUCAAGAAAGUCCCCACUCUCCACCUUCCAAACCCCCCCAACCCCUCCAACGCCACCACCAGCUGGCUCCUCUCCGCCUGCAAGUACCCCAAGACCCCGUCCUUCUCCGUCGAUCGCGACCAACCCGAUGAUGGCAGCGGAGGCUCCCGGGACCCAGCCGCCACCCUCUCCGACGUCGACCGUUUCCUCUACGAGAACUUCCACUCCCUCUACUACCGCGACAACGACGGCAAUGAACUCUCCUCCGAGUCCCCCAACUAUGACGUCGACCCACCGGCGGGCAUGAUCCGGUCGUCGGAGCGCUUCUUUGUAUCCCCCGGCACGUCCAACUCUAUCCUCGAUGAGGCCCGGCCGAGCGCCGCCACGUCGUCAUCGUCCUCCUCCUCCCGGCGGUCCGACGCCGGUCCCGCGGUUCUCGGCGACGGGGUGGCGGUGAUGACAUUCUCCAAGGACCCCUACGACGAUUUCCGGCGAUCCAUGCAGGACAUGUUGGAAGCCCGACACGUGGAUCCCCGCCAGCCGUUGGAUUGGGAGUUCAUGGAGGAGCUCCUCGUCUGCUACUUGGAGCUCAACGACCGGAGCGUCCACAAGUACAUCCUCAGAGCCUUCACCGAUCUGACGGUCAGCUACCGCCGCAAGGGAAGGAGGCGGAGGAAGGCCAAAGAAGGGCAGGUGGCCAUCGUGCCACGUAAUUUUUCUGUGGGUGAGACCGGGGAGUCUUGAACGGCGCCGUUGGAAAAGGUGAGAAACGCCUCAUUUUCCGGCCGUAGAUAUAUAAUAUUAUAUCUAUAGAUACACACACCAAGAGCGAUAGGGGACAUGGGAACGCAAGUUACGUGAUGCUCACAUGGAAAUAAUAUCAUUGGAUACACAUAAUUAAAUUUUAAAGGGUCGAGGAAAUAGUGAUUCGGACCGUUUGAUCAAUGGGAGUUCAUGGUAUUUGAAGAAGUAAUGAAUCAAACGUUCAGAAACAGUAGUUUAUCGUGGAACUUUUUCUGAUUUCAAAAGGGUACAGACACCCUCUCUUGCUCCAUAUGUGUACUGUGUAGGUCUGGUUCUUCUACUCCAUAAAUAAUUGUUUGAUAUGCCCGACUUCUCAUGAUCAGUGAAUAGGAUGGAUGUGAAUAUGAAUAGACCAUUUAUUAUAUUUCAGGCUCUCACACAUGAUCCGAUAAGUUUAUGUAGCGUGCCAGAACGCAUGUUCUGAGUCUUGA